AUGGCCCGCUCGACUGCCUGGCUCAGGAGCAUCUCCCGCCAAAACCUCGCAGCCAUCAUCGUCCUCUACAUCGCAGCCCUCCAUCUCAUAGGCCUCUACCUCUUCACACAGGGCUUUCUGUUAAACCGGGUUACCAUCCCCCACAUCUCUCCCGCCUACGAAGAGACCAUCGCCCCCACCCACUCCAAGGCAGUCGUCAUCGUGAUAGACGCCCUCCGUACCGACUUUAUAUCGCCCCACUACCCAGAGCCAUUCUCCCCCCACCACCAUGGCGUCCUCACGGUGGCUGCCGAGCUCACACAGAGCCAUCCGGAACACUCUUUGAUCUUUAACGCGUACUCGGACCCUCCCACGUCCACUAUGCAGAGGAUCAAGGGCAUCACGACAGGCUCCUUGCCGACUUUUAUCGAUAUCAGCUCCAACUUUGCUUCCACUGCUAUCGAUGAGGACUCUCUCGUUCACCAGCUGGUGGCUGCAAACAAGACUGUGGGCUUCAUGGGCGACGAUACGUGGAUGAACCUCUUCCCUUCGUCCUUCCACCCCGACAUGUCGCAUCCCUACGAUUCGUUCAAUGUCGAAGACCUCCACACUGUAGACAACGGUGUUAUCGAACACAUCUUCCCGUACCUCCACCCGGACAACCAGUCUAGCUGGGACGUCCUCAUAGGCCAUUUCUUGGGUGUGGACCACGCAGGUCACAGGGUGGGACCUUUCAGGGAAACUAUGGGCACCAAGCUCGCCCAGAUGGACGACGUAUUGAGAAAGGUCGUGGACCAGAUUGACGACGAUACGUUACUCGUGGUACUAGGAGAUCAUGGAAUGGACGACAAGGGAAAUCAUGGCGGUGACUCGGAGCUCGAGGUCGCGUCUGCCCUAUGGCUGUACUCUAAAGGCGCGCCCAUUGCGACAGACUCGUCUGCUCUGCGCCUCGGUGCUGUUGCCAGCGGGUGGCCGAUGUACACCUAUCCAGGCUCUUCCGUCCCUAUCAGGCAUGUCAAUCAGAUUGACAUUGUCCCCACCAUCUCCCUCCUCCUUGGCAUCCCUAUCCCCUUCAAUAACCUCGGUAGCGUUAUCCCCGAGUGCUUCGGCAAAGACCUCGAGACACUCGAGUUGGCGCAGAGGUUGAACGCAGAGGGAAUUUGGAGGUUUAUCGAGGCAUACGGUGACAGGGAUGUGAAGCGAGGAUUGGAAGAUGUCUGGAAGCACGCGGUCAGCCAAACGGACGACCUUGAAAAGUCCAUCAUUGCCCACCGCACGUUCACCCUCGCCGCACUUUCCAGCCUUCGCGCUCUCUGGGCUCAAUUCUCCGUCCCCCUCAUCAUCCUCGGAUCCCUCGUCCUCGUGCUCAGUUUCUUCACUCUCGUGGCCUUGUACGUUGGUGUCCGAAACAACGGUGUGCAGUGGGAUGUGUAUGCCAGACUGGCACUGGAGACUGCCAUCAUGGGCUCGGGUGUACUUGCUAGUGUUGCGGGUACUGUAGCGGGAGUCUAUACGAGAAAGCCGAUCGUGGCUAUCAAGGUGUUUGUCGUCGCUGCGGCAAUCAUCUCCGAGGUCAUCCUCAUUCUCCCACUCUUGGUCAAAUUCUCCACGCCGAGCUCAUUCACCAUCAACCGCUACGCUGGACCCAUCAUCCUCGCCGCGCAUGCCCUUUCUUUCGCGUCCAACUCUUUUAUCAUGUGGGAGGACCGCGUCGUAUUGUACCUGGUGAUCACCAUCCCCAUCAUCUACCUCUUCAAAGCGCUCUCUGCACCCACGGCCGAUAUGAGGCUCAAGAUCAUCUUCCUUUCGCUCGCCUUUACCCUCGUGUCGCGCCUGGCAUCUGCUGUGACAGUGUGCCGCGAAGAGCAGCAGCCCUACUGCAGCGUGACUUUCUUCUCUGGCGUCACGCCCACUGCCCCGACCUGGGCCCUCAUGGCGAUCCUCUUUGUCGCUUUCCAGCUCCCUCGUGCUAUCGGCAUCACCCUCGCCAAUUCCAAAGCCCUCGCUGGCCCCGCGCCAUUCAUGCUCGGUGUCCUCUGGCGAGUCGUCGUCCUUUCCAACGCCGUAUACUGGAUGCUCGAGUUCCUGGAGAGCUACGAGGACCUCAACCCUUCCAAGGUGCCGAUCGUCAGCUUUGUCAAGAUGUGGAUUGCGAGGUGUUCUAUGGGGGCGAGUUUGGGGGCGAUACCGUACGUGUGGCUUACUUCGCCGCUCUGUAUCUCUGUAGAGAGGACAGCGGAUCAGGCUACAGGGGAAGAAGAAGUCACGGUGUUUGGCUUUGCCAAUGCCCUCGGCUCGACGUACCUUCUCUACAUCCUCGGGCCAUUUGCGCUCGUACACCUCGUGACGCAACCCAUGGGUCAGCUCACCCUCGCCGCUUGGCUCGUAGGACUAUUGGUCUACCUCGAGCUGGUGGACACCAGGCGAGACGCCAUCAUCUUCACUUCCUCCUUCUCUGCUAGUGCCGAGAACCCAGCGGCAUUCGACCCAUCGGCGCUCUCUGCCACUAUCGCCCGGCCCACCUUUACAGAAGUCGUGCCCCUGGUACUCGCCGGCUUCCUCACCUUUUUCGCGACAGGCCACCAAGCAGUCAUCUCCUCCAUCCAGUGGAAGACUGCCUUUGUCGGCUUUUCCUCCGCUUCCUACCUCUUCUCACCCAUCCUUGUCAUCUUGAACACUUGGGGAGCAUUCUUCCUCACCGCCUUGUGCGCCCCAUUGUUAGCAGUAUGGAACAUUUCUCCCCGUCCGCGAGGGUCCAUCCCCGUCCUCGCCCACGGCCUACAAGUCGUCCUCGCAUUCCUCAUCUACCAUACCCUCAUCGCCGUGGCGUCUGCCAUCACGGCCGCCUGGCUCCGUAGACACUUGAUGGUGUGGAAAGUGUUUGCGCCGAGGUUUAUGAUGAGUGGUGUGACGCUUUUGGUGGUGGAUGUUGGAGUGAUCUUGGGGUUGGUGGGAUUGAGAGUUGUGUCUUGGAAGGUGAAGAAGACCUUUGGGUGUGAGAGCGUGUAA